UUGUGAAUUAACUUUUGAGAACGAAUUCUGAGAAUUACGCAAUAAUUUAAGUUUUCAGCAAAAUUUAAUCUGGUAAUCUUAAACUAAAGAAAGCGUUGAAUUAAAUACAGUCAUGUGGCUUGGUCCUUUCUUUCUUUAAAAAUGAGUGUGGCGGCAAAACAUAAAUUAUCGGACAGCUCGUGCGACGAAGACGACUCAUCAAAAGUUAAUAAUGAACCAAAAACAAAGAAAAGGAGAUUGUAUUUAUCAGCGGAAUCGGGAAGUGAAAAUGAACAAAAUAUUGAUGAACAAGAAAAAGUUGAAGAAUCUGUAGAAGCAAAGCAACCAAUCACGAUCAUCAAACAUCAACAUUUGAAUGGGAAUUCCACCAAUCACAGCAAGAGUAACGGUCACAUGACAAAGAAGGAAGAAUCAUAUUCAUCGGAUGAAGAUGAUGAGUUUAACAUGAGCGAGAAGAAGAAAACCAACGUUCUUGUGUUUCUGCAGGAAAGCACUGAAGAAGAAUUGACGACAAUUUCAAAAUGCAGCAGCAAGAAAGCAAAGAUCAUUAUUUCCGUGCGUCCAUUUGUUAACUGGGAUGACUUGGUUUAUAAACUGGAUACAACCCGCCUAUUAAACCGAAAUCUUAUCUGGUCUUGCAUUGAUUUGUUGAAGGAGCGAAAAACCUUGUGUUCGCUCAUGAAGAAUUGUGGUCAAAUAUCGAGGGAGCUUGAAGCUGAGUUUGAUAAGUUACGACAGUGUGGGGAGAACGUACAAGACACUGCUAUUGUGGUGGAGCAACCAAGUAUUUUAUCACCAAGAUUUACAUUGAAACCUUACCAGAUGAUUGGAUUAAACUGGAUGUGUUUGUUGCAAAGAAAUAAGUUGAAUGGGAUCCUCGCAGAUGAGAUGGGGCUGGGUAAAACUAUCCAAACAAUCUCGUACAUCUCAUAUUUAUUGGAGGCGGAAAUAUCUGAAGGACCUCAUCUUAUCGUCGUGCCAAGCUCUACAUUAGAAAAUUGGAAGCGAGAAUUCACUGAGUGGUCACCUAGUGUUAAGAUCGUGUCGUACAUCGGUAGUCAACCGGAACGUCGAUCUCUUCGCUCGGUUCUGCUCCGUUCGUUGGCCGAUUGUAACGUCAUUCUAACAACAUAUAACUUCACUAUUAGUUCACCUGAAGAUCGAUCUUUCUUUCGGAAACUUGGUGUUUAUUGCGCCGUGUUUGAUGAAGGCCAUAUGUUGAAGAAUAUGUCAUCACAACGUUAUCAACAUUUACUUCGUAUUAAAGCUGAGCAGAAGAUCCUCCUGACGGGAACUCCUUUACAGAAUAGUUUGGUUGAGUUGAUGUCUUUGUUGAGGUUCGUAAUGCCGGAUAUGUUUGAUGAUUCAACGAGUACCCUGGUUCGGAUAUUCCACCAUACGAAUGAAGAUCAUGGAAGCGAAUUCUCCCGUCAAAGGAUCAACCAUGCGCGUCAAAUCAUGCAACCAUUCGUACUUAGAAGAUUAAAACGUGAUGUUUUGAACCAACUCCCAGAAAAAGUUGAGAAAAUAAUUUCCGUUCAGUUCACCCCAAACCAACUCCAACUUUACGAGAAAGUGAAAACGAACUUCAAAGAUAAAGUUUCGAAAAGUCAAAUGUCGAAACAUGAGUUGAAAAAUGUAUUUGUUGAGCUUCGUAAAGUUGCCAAUCAUCCAUUGUUAAGAAGGGAGAUCUUCACUAACAAAAAGUUAAAGAAUAUGGCUCAACUUAUUAAGAAUGAUAUUGAUUACAUGGAUACAGAGGAGAGGUUUGUGUACGAGGACAUGCAAGUCAUGAGCGACUUUGAAUUACACAACUUAUGUUUAUCCUCACGUGCGCUGUCGACCAUGAAGUUGCAGGAAUCCAGUUUAAUCGACUCGGGGAAGAUGGCACACCUGGAUGAAAUGCUACCCAAGUUUAAAUCACAGAACAAGCGAGUUUUGUUGUUCAGUCAGUUUACCAUGAUGAUGGAUAUCUUGGAAGUUUACCUUAAAUUGAGGGGACAUCGAUUUCUACGACUUGAUGGUCAGACUCCUGUCCAAGAAAGGUUAUCCUACAUUGAUUCAUUUAACAAGGACGACUCGGUUUUUAUAUUUCUUCUCUCCACGAAAGCUGGUGGUCUUGGCAUUAACCUAACAAGCGCGAGCGUUGUUGUUCUGCAUGACAUUGAUUGUAAUCCUUACAAUGAUAAACAAGCAGAAGAUCGUUGCCAUCGGCUCGGACAAACUAAGAAAGUUGAAGUUGUGAAGUUGAUAUCGGUGAACUCCGUGGAGGAAGGAAUGUUUAAAACAGCUCAAUCUAAACUACAACUUGAGAAAGAUAUGAAUGAAACAGGUGAAGACACGAUAGACUGGGCCGGUCUCAUCACUGCAGCUCUUGAAUUGUAGUUCAAUUAUAUCUCGUUUUUUUAGUUAAAGGUUCACCAGAAUAAACAUGUUGUUUUCAAAUCA